AUGGCCUUAAGAAUAGCAACAGACAUUUUUCUUCGAAAAGCACAAGAACGAAGCGUCGCACAAGAGGAUCAUACAACAACCAUACUUCAGAACAGCUACGACCGCGAAGUUGUGCGCAUCGAUCAUGAACUUCAGCAGUAUCGCCAACAGAAGAAGAUAGCCUUUAUUCCACCAUUGUACCGCCGUCGAUACGACCCUGAUGCGGAGGAGGUUAUUCGUUUAUUUCACGAGACAAGUAAAUUGUUUGAGCUCAAUCUCCGGUUUAGGGAAAUCGAAAAGCUGGAUGAAAUGCACGCGAAACUGUGGAAACUUCUGAACAAGGGAGGCCGUAUGCAAAUCACGUUACAGGAGUAUAAGGAAGUCUUGCAUACGCUCGAAAAGGAGGUCUCCAAUGCCAAUAGAGAAGAAAAUUGUGCAAUGACUGUGGCUCCAACAUGCAUCGUCCCUAAUUCGGCCACGUGUUCCAGCAGCGCCACGCGGAAUUCGAUAGACCCUGGAUCCCUUAAUAACCCGCUCAGGUCUCCCGUCCAACUCGCUUCGGUGGAAAAAAUCACCCUGGAUGGUGACUUGGAGUCCAAGUCAAAGGUGACGCCGCCGCCGUUGUUGACCCCCUGCCCCUCCUAUGGUGUCCUCACCCAUAGCCGAGAGCAGAGCCUGUGCAAGGAGACCCAAGCCCACGGGACGCUGGGCGAGAUGCUUUACAUGUCCUACAUCGACACCCCAUGCCUUAACCUGGGUUUAUUUUUUUCCUGCUUGUGCGGGACACAGUGCCCGAAGAACGUCGAUAUCGCUGUCAUUUACCAGAUCUUCGCAAAGAAAGUGUCCUUAGUCAAGUGCGAGGCGGAGCUGUUAAUUUGGGAUACCGACAACGACGGUAAGCUCACGGAGGACGAAAUGGAGAGUUAUGUUGGGGACUUGGUGCCGCGUAUCGUGGCACUGCAAGGGAUGCCCGAGGCCGAUCUGCCCUUUUAUUGCUGUACGGUCACCCGUCGUAUCUUUUGGGAUCUCGACCAGGGGAAUCGUGGUUUCAUUCGCAUUGGUGCGCUGCUUCAAAGUACGGUCAUGGAUGAGUGGGUGACUAUGCAACUGCAGACUGAGGACAGCCCCAGUAGCUGGUUUAGUGCAAUGGCAACACAGCAACUAUACUCGAAAUUCAUUCUGUUAGACACGCGCAAUGUCGGCACUCUCGAUGCGGCAAGCCUCAAAUUUUAUAAGAAGGGUCUGCCUACCAUCAUCGAUGAUGGACUACAUCCGGAUGUUAGCCCACUGUGUGCGCUUUUUAUUGAUCGAUAUUUUGAGACAAAUACAAUGACGGCUAAUCGGGAUAUGGAUUAUAGAAGGUUUGUGGACUUUGUGGUGGCUGUGGAGAUGCUUCCGCAGUGUAGCCGGCCGGUCUUUUGGUGGGAUAUUCUAGAUCUUGACGGGACGGGGGUUAUAACUCCUUUGAAAGCUAAUUUCUUUUUCAAAGAAACACACGCUAAGUUGGUAGCAGCCAAGCUGGAGGUACCAUCCAUUGAGUCGGUAAUAGAAGAAACUUUCGAUCUUAUCAAAAGUGCCGAACCACUGUGCAUCAGACGUGAUGAAUUUAUUGCAUCACCUCAAGCGGGUCUGUUCACGGGGAUGCUAAUCGAUUGCUUAUGUUUUUGUGCCUAUGAGAGCCGAGAACAUCGGUAA